GUAGAAGUGAUUUGAGCGUGACAGUAUUAACACGGCAGUGAUAGAGAAGUAGGCUAUCUGUGAACUAUUUUAUUUGGACUAUUUUUUAAAUUCGUUUUUAAGUUUGCUACGUUUUGUAGAAUACGUUUAUUGAAAAACUUUCAGGAAAUGGCGUUUAUUCCGUACAUACAUUCUACGUACAACGUCAAUGGGUUUGCUGAUGAUCUGUCCUCGCGAAUCGUCGCUCAGACCGGUAUCCCGACUGAUCGAUAUCACCUCGGCAAAUUGAUAUUGCAGGGCUUAAAAGAUGACCCGGAUUUCGUUUUGCAGAUCGAUGGCGCGACAGGUCAAUCGGAAACAAAGAAGUCAGCGUUGGAAAGGUCAAUACAGUGUGCCGUUUCCUUGACCGAGCUGGGACUAAAGAAAGGAGACGUCAUCGUCCUUAUGGGAUACAAUCAUUUGGACUUGGCAAUACCACUAUACGCUGCCUUGUAUUUAGGAAUUAUAGUUUUUAAUGUCAGUAUGGAGAUGACAGACAAUGCACUUGCACAAAUUUUCGCUUCAAACCAACCAAAAGCUAUAUUUUGUCAGAACAGAAAUCUUGCUAACGUAAAAAAUGCACUGGAGUUUUAUGAGCAUGAUAUAAAAUUACUUACCUUCGAUGAUAAUGAUCAAAAGGACGUUUUAACUUUUUCUGAAUUGAUGACUGGUUUUGGUAGUGAUGCAUCGAUUGGAAGCUUCAAGCCAACAGAUUUUGAUCCCGAAGAAACAAUUGCUUUGAUAACUGAAACAAGUGGAACUACUGGAGCGCCAAAGGGCGUUGCUCUUACGCACAAAAAUUUAGUCAUAUCAAUUACUUUUAAUCGGAGAAACUUUGGAAGGUUCUCCACGCCUAUAAAGUCGUUGUUAAUAGUAACACCGCUGAAUUGGAUUUCAACUACCUUAUAUGUUUUGUCUUCAUCGAUACUGAGAUACAAAAGAAUUCAAUCAUCAAAACCAACAACUAUAGAACACAUUUGUGACCUUAUUAAUAAAUAUAAGCCAUCGUCUUUAACCACAACGCCGCCCUUCAUGUUAACGCUUUUGGAAAAUAAAGAGAGAUGUGACUUCAACAGCUUUAAACAUAUCCGUCUCGGUGGUUGUGCUAUAACAACAAACAUUUUAGAGUAUUUAAUGAAAUCCUUGCCACACGCAGAAAUAUCGAUUGGUUACGGACUGAGUGAGGCUGGAGGAGGCCGUGUCUUUAUGAAUCGUUCGCAUCCUCUUGGAUCUAUUGGACAACCCGUUGGAACAUUUAACUAUCGCUUGAUUGACAUCGAAAUGCAAAAAGACAUAUUAGAGCCCAACGUACAGGGUGAACUAUGGUUGAAGGGACCCGCCAUAUUUAAGGAAUAUUACAACGACCCUGAGAGCACAAAGGAAGCAUUUUCAGAAGAUGGCUGGUUCAAAACUGGCGAUAUUAUGUACCGGGAUGAGCACUUUAAUUUUUACUUUGUAGAUCGACUAAAGCUGUUGAUUCAUUACAAGAAUCAUCAGAUAUCACCGCUUGAAAUAGAGAAGGUCAUUCGCCAACAUCCAGGUGUGUUGGACGUCAUAGUCACCAGCGUCACGGACGUCCAGCGCGAGGAGCUGCCGUGCGCUUGUGUCGUGCUUAAGGAUGGUUGUCGCGUCACCGAACAGGAAAUCAAGGACUUGGUUAAAGAUUCGCUUUCGGAUCCAAAACAAUUGAGAGGCGGAGUUAUUUUCCUAAAAGAAAUGCCGACGACUCCUCAACUUAAAAUUGACAGAAGGAAAAUAAAGGAAUUAGUGAUUAACACUGUGAGGGAAGCAUAAAAAAAUUACAUAUUUUACCUUUAUCAUUUUUAUUUUAAAGCCGGAGCGGAUUACUAGUAUUUUAUUGAUUUAUUUUGUGUUACAAUUUAAAAAAUUUAAAAGAAUCAACCUUUAGAUGGAAAUAUCAAUGAUAAAACAAAAGAUGAAAGGGUAUAAAUAAAGCAUAGUGUAUCAGUUAUUACAGAUGGAUUUCGAUCAUUAGUAAUUUUAAAAUUUUAUUAUCCAAUCCGGAUGUUCUUGGAUGUGUAACCAGGAUUCAAAAGUGAAAAGACAAGAAUAAACACAAUCUUAGCGCCCUUUUAACUUUUGCAAAAUUUACUUAAUGAAAAAAGGAUUGCUUUAAGCAAAAUUUCAUUUCAUUAAAAAUAAAUCAUUUGUGCAAAAAAAAAACAAGUAUUCUUACUGAUUCUCUAGUAACUUUACAUAAACUUUUGAGUUUUCAUUCAACAUUCAUUUGGGUUUAAUCGUGUUUCAAAUUACAGUAGUGGUAUAUAUAUAUAUAAUGAAUACUAUCGAUAACAUUAAGUUGUUGAGUUUAAUAAAAAAUACCCAAA